AUGCCAAUUCCAUUUUUGCCUACUAAAAUCGAGCCGGAACAUAUGGACACGUUCGCGGCCAUUGCUGACGGGCUUCUCCAUGAUGUUUCACCCGAAGUGAUUGCAAACUCAGUGGUUGGUGAAUUCCCUCGAAAUGAGUUAAAUGACUAUGUGAAGAACGUUACUAGGCCGUCCCAAAUUCCUGGCUUUAAAGAAGUCGUGCACUCGAUUGUGAGCAAGAGUGACAAUGCAUCAGUUGGUUUGUUUGCAUUAAUUAUGGGCGUGAUGCAGCUGAAAGUAUUAGCGUUCCCAUUGACGGGUUCAACUACUUUAAUCAGUGAAAUGCCUCUCGAGGAUAGACAGAAGGUACUUUUGGCGUGGAGAGACUCGCCAAUUGAGGGCAAAAACAGAUUGUUUCGCUUGAUAAACGUACUCACUUUUGCUGGCUUCCAGCGUCUGGCUCCUGACAUCCACUACAGAGCUAUGGGUAUUCCCAGAAGUGACUUGAGAGAAGAAUUGUACGAAGGUUACCAGUCCAAUGCCUAUGAGUAUAAGAUGAUGCAGCCACCUGUCGCUAACAAUGUGGAACUAUACUUGCCGCAGUUCGACGCCGUGAUCAUCGGAUCUGGAUCUGGUGCUGGUGUGGUUGCACAUACUUUGGGACGAGAGGGCCAUAAGGUUCUUGUUCUCGAGAAAGGGAAGUACUACCGCCAGGAUGAACUUAUCUUCAAUGAACUGGAGGGCUUUGAUGCUUUAUACGAGAGCGGCGGUGUAUUGUCGACUUCUGACGGCUCCACAUUGAUUAUGGCUGGUUCGACUUUUGGUGGUGGAUCCACCGUCAACUGGUCCGCUUGCUUGAAGACGCCAUUUAAGGUUCGCAAAGAAUGGUUGGAUGAACACGGCGUGGAAUGGGUCGCAAACGAGCUGUAUGACAACGAGCAGGACUACGUUCUUAAGCAGAUGGGUGCCUCCAUCGACAACAUUGACCACUCCUUCUCCAACGCCAUGCUCUUAGACGGCUGCAAGCAAUUGGGUUACGCAGCCAAAGCAAUUCCCCAGAAUACUGGUGGUCACCAGAAUCAUUCAUGUGGUUACUGUCAUUUGGGAUGUAAGUGGGGAGUGAAGCAAGGAAGUAUGGCCAAUUGGUUCAGAGACGCAGCAGAGCACGGAGCCGAGUUCAUGGAUCAGGUGUUGGUGGACCAGAUCAUCCGAAACAAGAGUGGCCACGCUAUUGGUCUCAAGUGCAUUAAUACCCGCAAUGGCAAUAAAUUCACCAUUCGUGGUCCACGAAAAUUUGUUGUGGCAUCUGGAUCGUUGCAAACACCGAUCAUUCUUCAAAAGUCUGGCUUCCGCAACAAGCAUAUCGGCAAAAACCUCAAGUUGCACCCCAUCACAGCCUUAACUGGUGUCUGGGAUCACAAAUCUGAUCCUCAGCACCACUCCAUUAUGACCAGUGUUUGCACUGAAGCCGACGACUUGGACGGCAAGGCACACGGAGCUAGAAUUGAGACCAUUUUGCACUCUCCUUACCUUGAAAGUGCAUUUCUUCCCUUUUCUAGCUCAGACCAGGCUAGAAAGGAUCUUUUGAGCUACCAAAAGCUCUCCCAGUUCAUCAUCUUGAUGAGAGAUACACUGUCUGGAACAGUUACUCGCGAGGAUAACAGACCAGACACCCUCAAGAUUGAUUAUUCCAUCAACAAGACAGACCGAGCUUUGAUGGCGAAGUCGAUCUUGAUUGGUAUGGAUAUCAUGUACAUCGAGGGUGCAUUGGAGAUCAUCCACCCAUACUGGAAGUGUGGCCGUUUCUCAUCCAUCAAGCUCAAGCACGAACGGAGCAUCAAUGAUGCAGACUACCAGAAAUGGAGAAAAUCUGUGGAAAAGAUUCCUUUACCAACUUUCGGACCAGGCUAUGGUUCCGCCCACCAAAUGGGUACUUGUCGUCUCACAGGUAAGGGUCCUAAGGACGGAGCUUGUGACUUGAGAGGACGUCUUUUCGAAAGUGACAACGUCUAUGUUGCGGACGGUAGCGUGUUUCCUACUGCAUCAGGGGCAAACCCAAUGGUGACCAUCAUGGCCAUGGCUCGUCACAUUGCAGUUGGCAUUGCAAAAGAUUUGCUGCCAACCGUCAAACUUUAA